CAAGAAGAUUUCUGCAACCUCCAUCUACUUCCAGAGCCUGCCGUAUAAGGUGAGCUCCGACACCGGGUACGUCGACUACGAUAAGCUGGAGGAAAAGGCCAUGGAUUUCCGCCCCAAGCUUAUCAUCUGUGGCGGUAGUGCGUGCCCUCGGGAGUGGGAUUACGCCAGGUUCAGGGCCAUCGCAGACAAGUGCGGGGCCAUGUUGCUCUGCGACAUGGCUCAUAUCAGUGGUCUCGUUGCUGCGCAGGAGGCUUUGGAUCCUUUUGAGUUCUCUGAUGUGGUUACCACUACGACCCACAAAAGUCUUCGAGGGCCAAGGUCUGGUAUGAUUUUCUACAGGAAGGGCCCAAAGCCUCCAAAAAAAGGCCAGCCUGAGGGUGCUCUGUAUGACUACGAGGACAAGAUCAACUUUGCUGUGUUCCCGUCACUCCAGGGGGGGCCUCACAAUCACCAAAUUGCUGCUCUAGCUGUAGCCUUGAAACAGGCCAUGUCACCUGGAUUCAAGGCCUAUAUCCAGCAGGUCAAGGCAAACACAGUUUCCCUUGGUAACCAUUUGAUGAGUAAGGGCUACAAGUUGGUUACUGAUGGAACAGAGAACCACCUUGUUCUCUGGGAUCUGCGCCCUCUUGGCUUGACUGGCAAUAAAGUUGAGAUGCUAUGUGACCUAUGCAACAUUACACUGAACAAAAAUGCUGUCUUUGGUGACAGCAGUGCAUUAUCACCUGGUGGUGUGCGCAUUGGUACACCUGCUAUGACCUCAAGGGGUUUGGUUGAGAAGGACUUCGUGCAGAUUGCCGAGUACCUUCACCGAGCUGUGACCAUCUGCUUGAGCAUCCAGGCGGAGCAUGGCAAGAUUCUCAAGGACUUCAAGAAGGGCUUGGUGCAAAACAAGGACAUAGAGAACCUGAGGGCGGAGGUCGAGAAGUUCGCCACUUCAUUUGACAUGCCUGGCUUCAGGGUGUCUGACAUGAAGUACACAGACUAGACUGCUGCUGACUUGGGUGCAAACCGUUGCUCCUGUUACAGUAACACUGGCAGGCUGGUGCAAUGCAAACCGUUCUUCUGUUACGGUAAUAUUAACGCCUCUGAAAUGUCACGUGAAUGGUGGUAAACCUGAAUUUCACACGACUAGAGGGAUGGUUUACUUUCUAUUCAGUGCUCUGCCAUUCUGUUGGCCUGCUAUUCCGUCGGUCUAUUUUGUUGGAACUGAUAAUAAUAUGUUUAGAGAAUAAUGAUUGAGAAAGAAAAUGGCAUUGCACUGGAGAU